UCAAUUCACCCUAAAACCCUAAACAUGUUAAUUGACAAUUGUAACUCAAGAGAGUGAAGCCCAAAGUUACGACUUACGAUCCGCGAGUCUUCCCCAACAGCGGCCUGCUACUCGCAGUGGAGGAAAAGAAUAAGUUCGGCCCAGCGUCUGAACUCGUUCCAUCAACUCGCGAACCAUCCCCUGUGAGAAAGGCCUGUCACCCGAUUCCGUGACUCGGCAUCGAAGAAAGGUAUCUGCCGCGCUCAGUUUGGAGCUCUGGAAUCGUAGAUUGUUUGUUUGCUAGAGGUCUUGAUUCCUUUGCCGGCGCUGAGAAUGAAGUUUCUAGAUUGGUAUGUGAAGAUAGCCGCCGGUUCUGCUCUAAUCGGAGCUUCCAUGGAGUUCUUCAUGAUCAAGACGGGCUUCUACGAUAAGGUGACGGUUCUGGAGUCCGAGAAACGUGCUUGGGAGAAUACUCCUGAAGCUCAAGCGAUGAGAGACGCUUUGAAUCCAUGGAGAAACCAUGAGAAGCAGUCAGAAAAGACUUCCUGAUGGUCUUCGAAUCAACCUUAGCCCAAAGUGGAGCGACAUCCAGACGGACUACUUCAGUCUUGCAUACUGAUCACUGAGUAGCUCUCUCACUUGUUCUCAUCAUGUUGCUGCUGCUUGCAGCGUUUGUUUGUUUUUUCUUUCCCCUACUUUUGGAUGCUAUAGCUAUCAUGGUACACAGGGGAAACAGCAAUUUACCCAAUUUGAAUUCGGUAGACAUAUAUAGCUCCUCUGUCUUAGGUUGCACUUCAAUUAGUUAUCUAUCUACCAUCAUGAGAGGCCACCAUGUGCAUCUGUUCUCUGCUUGAGAAUCCAAUUGCUAAGUUUGAUUGUUCUUUGAUGUUUCAAAUGUAAACGAUUACUUCGGAUGAUGAAGCCAUGGAUAUUCAAUGGAUUCCCAGUAGAAUUCUUAGAGUGACAUUUCAGUAUUCUCAUUUCGAUGUGAUUGUGGAUGCAUGACUCUUUGUGAAUGAUAUAGACAUGACGAUAUUAAAGGAGGGGUUUGGAAUUAAGAUUCAUGAACUUGUUUGUUGUAGCUUCUGUCGAUUGGUGCAGGACAUGAAUUAGAGCUUAUCGGGAUUGCUUAUAGGAGGUUUAUUGUACCAAAUAUUUGAGUUGAUGAAUGUAUUGUUUAAGGAUGCGUCGGUAGAACCCUUCUUUCAUUUUUGGCUUAUGCUUUCUGUCAACUCUUGUUCCUUUUAUUACAACGGACAUCCUUCUCCUUCCUCAUGCUGGUAUCUUUUUUCUUGUGAAUGAAGGAAGGUUCGUCAAUUAGCAGUCGUGGAAUCUUUUGGUUAUCUAUUAUUUACUAGUGUGGCCCGACCAUUGGCUAAAGAGGUGUAUAGUUUAUUAUUGUAUAGUUUUUUUUGGGAAACACGUGAUAAAAAUAGUGAAUUUUAGUAUGAAAGAGACAUGAAUGAUACAACGAAUCAAAAAUCAGUCUUAUGAACCAAAAUCAAGUACCUGUUACCUUGUAAAACAAUAUUGUUUCUGGUAAUAUGAUGAGGUGGAGUAAGUUUUAUAGAAACCAAAUUCCAGAAAAUCGAAUAAAAAAUCUUCCAUCCCGCCGGUUUUCGGGAAAAGAACAUCUCACAAUCGUUGCUAGCUUUUACACGGCCCGUUGGCCGAUUAAUUUGCUUUAUAAAACUUUCAGGGCUUUCUGGUUUUUUGCCAAGCCAUGAUAAAAUCUAAAGAAAUCAAGAAUGAACAACACGAUUUGGAUAGGAACCACCAUUCCUGUAUCCCUAGAAAAUGGUGGUAAACACGGACUCACCUGCCAAACUGGUUUGGAUUGAGAUUUUUAUCGGGUAUCAGGGAACCAUGUGAUUAUAAAUUAGACCUGAUCAAAAUGGGUCAAAACUUGAAUUUCAGCUUGUUUGACCGACCCAUGCUAAACUCUAAUUAUUAUUUACUUUUAAACUUUCUAUUUGAAAAUAAAAAAUAAUGAAAGAAAAGAGAUGACUGCAAUUCGCCAUUUGCACAUCACUGAUUCGGGAAUAAAACUAUAGAAUUUCGAAAGGAAACUAAAAAUGUUUAGGAUCAUUUUAAUGUUAAAAAUAACCAAAUAGAUCUUUCUGAUUAGUUUUUUUACUAACAAAUACCAAACGAUUCCCUAUAAUAUACACUAUAAUUUAAUCAUUAUGAUAUCAAAUAAUUACAUAAUAUAUAUUUGAAAUGAUAAAAAUUGAACUAAUUGGGUUGGUCGAGGUUGAACCAUUGAAUAACUUUAAAAUACAUUAUAUUUUAGUAAUUAAGAUAUAAAAUAAUAGCAUAAUAUAUAUUAUGCUAGAGAAAUAGCUUGUUUUAGAAUGGCAAACCCAUUCAACUCUUUUAUUUUAUGAUUAGCGAUUAGCCCAUUAGAAUCCAUGCAUUAGUUUAUUGUUAUUAUUUUUUCUUUUUAGCAAUAAAAAGGAGUAUUGUUUUUGCCUUUCAUAUAUAUUUUACCACCACGGAGAAAUAAAAGGACUUAAAGACA